GCGUAAUCUCAGCUGCAAGGGGAGAGGUUGAGGUUUCCUGGUGUUGUGUGCGAAUAUACAACACCGACAGUAAAUCAGCACUGCCAGAGCCACCAAUUUAUUUCUUCCUUACUGACUUAACUUAUGCAAAAGCAAACUUUGGGGGCUGAAGUGAAACACCGGAUGCUUACGCAAGUCAGUCAGCCAGUGUGCGUCACACAAAGCGGAGACCGCGUCCGUCCAUGCAAAGAAGCCAUGUUGGUGGAGCUCCUAACACCGCGUUUUUAAAAGGAACGCUAGAGUAAAGACACUUUGCAAGGUGGACUUUGUAUUGAAACCCAAGAGGAGCACGAAAGCAGAGCAAGAUGUCUUCGAGUGAUUUUCAGACCCAGUAUUCGUCUUUCAUGGAGAACAUGCUGAAAAGCGCUGUUGCAGAAACCACGAAACUUUACGAAACUAUGGUUGACGAGUUGAAGGAAGAAAUAGCCAGAAUUAAGAAGGAGAACGAGGACCUCAGAACAAAAUGCAGCCAGUUUGAAAACGCGAAAAACCUGGCGGCCGUUCGCUACAGAGAAAACGAGCCUCUUCCUGAGCAAAGUGACGACUCCGAGAAAUGCGACACAGCAGUGCAGUGUGACAUUGUUUCUUUCCGCACAAUGUUGGUCGAGCAGUGUCAGCCACUGGGGCAUUCAUCAUUAAAAAACCAACAACUGUUAUUUGCUGGUGAGAGCUUUGGAUAUGGUUUGCAGGAGCAAGGAGGAACUUCUCAGAUGGCAUUAAUACUUGUCAAACAAGAGGAAUCUGAAAAUGAUAUUUCUCUGCCGUCUGCGGUGAAACAAGAGGAAGUUGAGUCUGCAAUAGGCUCUGAACAAGUCUUUAAUGAUUCAAGUUCUUUACACAUCUCUUUAAAUGGAACGGAAAAUAAAGGGACCCUUAUUAACCAGGAUGGUUCAACAGUAGAAACAACAUCGGCUCAAAAAGAUGGAGAGAUCCUGGAACUACCCUGUCUGGGAGUACAUGGCACCUCAGAGGGAGCUCAGAGCCACACCUCUGAUCCAAUAGUUAUUUCACUCGCUGUACUGAAGGAUGAUAUCAAAGAAGAGUCUGAAGUUCAUCAGGAGAUAUCAGAAGGAGUAAUACAAGUUCCUCAGCAGUGUCAAACAGAUGGUGAAACAGUAGCUAAUGAACAAACUGUUGUUACUGUACAACCCUGUGCAGAGGAACAGUUAGCAGAGUCCAUGCUAAUCAACAAAGAAGUUGCUUGUGAAGAAUUAAAAAAUAGCUUGGCAGAAGAUGAAGCUACUUCUGGAACAAACUUGUCAGUACGCUGUAGAAGAGUACAGCCAGCAGAGAAAGUGAAACAAAAAGAAAUACUUAAAACAUCAAGAGUUGAUGACUCAAAAGACCAGGAAGGGUUAAACGCCCCUUCAGUAAGAGAAGAGGGGGUUAAUGCAUUAUCUGCAGUUGAUACGGUCAAGAUUUCUUCUACAGUUCCACGAUCAUCUUCAGUUCAGCCUGAUGAAACUUCAUCUAUUGUCUCUUCAUCUGUACAGGAGAUGGCAAAAAUUGCUUUGCAAGACAAGAACAAUGGAAAGGGUGGUUCUCUGCCUCCUUCCGUUGUGUCUUUGAGUGGUGGCAGUUCUUCUGAAAAGCCUAAAAACCCUGAAACUCAACAGCUUCCCACAAGUGUAGAAAAAGAGGCAAUUCAGGCUCCAUCCAUUGAAGUUUCAUCUGCAAGCAAAUCAUUGAAAACUCCUGCACGGGAAUCAACACAAGUGACACCAGGUCAGCACAAACAACGCCGCACUUCUGUAACGCUUCAGGAUGCAAUGCUGCUAGUUGAAGCAAUGAAUCAAUCGACACUGGAAAGUACUUUUCCAGGUUUCCAUAAAAUGUCACCACCUCAGACACACUGUGCUCCAUGUGCAGAUGCCUUACAAACAGAGGACGCAAUCACAGCUGAGCCACAGACACUUCCUGUCAAGUCUCAGUUCACUGUAGAGACCAGUGAAGCCCCCUUAGCAUUUGUUACACCAAAACAACAGCAUGUUUCUUCAAAUGCUGUAGCUCAAACUCUCUAUCCAUUAACACCCAGAAAACUGAGUAUAAACAAAGCUAAAAUAAUUGUUGUGCCAAGAGUAGGAUCAUCUCAUAAUAAAACGUCAUUGUCUACAGAAAAGGGUUCUACUACAGAGUCAAUAGCUGCACACAACAGUCUUCUCACAACUUCAUCAGUUGCAGGGUUACCUCUGGAAACACCUUCCCUUUCCUGUAUUCCUCAAAAAACAAAUACAGCCUCCAUGAAAUCACUCCCUGAUUCACAAUUGAGCAAACCUUCAGCAAAUCAGCAGUCAGGUGAUCCACCACGCAAAAAAAUAACAAUUAUAGUUUCAAGACGAUUGGUGGUGGAGAGGCCAAGUAAACAUCAGUCAGAGACAACAGUUUUGACAGCAAUGCGAGAAGCAACAGUGCCUCAUGAUGUUCCUGUUACAGGGACAUCAGCACAGUCAGCUUCCACCUCACAGGAGUUAAGUGUUUUAUCUUCCAAUGACACAGCAUUGCAUCGAAAAAGUGAAAAUGCAACUGAGAAAUCUGAAUGUCCAAAACAAACUUCCUGUGUUUUGGAAAGCGCUCCUACAGACACCUGCACCAGUUCAGAACAGCCAGUCAAGAUAAUGCCAACAUCUGUCUUUCCAGCAGUACAACCAACUACUGAACAGAGGUGCCCUGCAGUGGUCAAAGUAACCGAAAUCCCAUUUUCAGAAUCCCCCAAGGAAUCAGGUACUAUGCAAGAUAAGUCUUCAAAACCAGCACUCCCAGAGAUGCCCGUUUCAUCUUCCAAUGUUAGUUUAAAUUUAACAGAAACACCUAUUGCUGUGUCUCUGAAUACACUUCAGAAGUCAGAAGAGUCAAAUAAUAAUCAAGAGAGGGCUCCUUUGACAUCUGAAACAUUCACUCUCAGAGAGGCACCCGUCAGUGUAAAUGUGCAGCCUUCUGCACCGGUCACAUCUGUUGAGCCCACCCCUAAUUUGGACAGCAGUGAAAUGCAGGAGAAUGCUAUCGUACAGCUUACCUCCAUGGCUGAAGAGGCAUCUGACCCUCACUUACAGAUGACUAAAACACAGUUCUUGGCACAGCUGGCAGUUUCACCAAUAGUUCAAGAACCAGCAAAAACGGCAAACUCUGGCUCAUUGGUCACCCGUCUGCGAAGACAUCUGAAAACUUACCUUGAAGCUAGAAGAGCUGAAACAAAACCGGAAGGAAAUUCAGAAAGUGAAAUUACCACUGUAAGCUCUAAGAAGCAUGGAGUAGAGAAUGGCAGUCUUAAUGAUCAAACCUCAACUGAGGAAACUAGUCCCGUUAACCCGAAAAAGACUGAUGAUCGCAAUGAUGACGACGAUCGCAAUGAUGACGAUCGCAAUGAUGACGACGAUCGCAAUGAUGACGACGAUCGCAAUGAUGACGACGAUCGCAAUGAUGAUCACGAUGAUGAUGAUGCUAUAUCUCUAAGAAUGAUUGCUAAUGCCCCCUCUUCCGUUAGUCCUGUAGCAUCUGGACUGUGUAAUGGUGGUGAUUUACAUGAGAUGACUGAAAAUGAACCAACUUCUGUCACUUCUAGGAGUUGUAAGACUACUAGUGAUUCUACCCUCACGUGUCCUAGGAGGGACCGUACACAUGGAGACGGUGUAGGUACAGAACACACAAAAUCCACAUCUGAGAGUCCUAAAGAGUGUAACUCACGAAAAGAAACUGCUAGCCCUGAAAAUAUUUCAGUGAGUCCUAGGAGGUCUUCAGGUAGACAUGGUCACUCCCCUGAAAGUAAGAAAUCCACAUCUAUGAGUCUGAGGAGGUCUGCUUCAGGCAGAGAUGGUGAUUGUCCUAAAAAUAAGAAAUCCAGGUCUAUGAGUCUGAGGAGGUCUGCUUCAGGUAGAGAUGGUGAUUGUCUUAAAAAUAAGAAAUCCAGGUCUAUGAGUCUGAGGAGGUCUGCUUCAGGUAGAAAUGGCGAUUGUCCUAGAAAUAAGAAAUCCAGAUCUAUGAGUCUGAGGAGAUCUGCUUCACGUGGAGGUGUGGACGCUAAUAAUAAGACAUCAGGUUCUUUGAGUUCUAGAAGUCCUAGUUCAACUAAAGAAACUGGUAGCCCAAAAAUGACUCAAAAUACUGCAAGCCCUAGAAAUGUAAAAUCCAGCGCUAUAAGCCCUGUACGGUCAGCGAGAGAAGCUGUUAGUCCAAGAACAUCUAGUUUAAGCCAGUCUGGCACCUGUAGGAGUUCAGAUUUCAACAAGGAUGACUCUGAGAAAAAACAGAUUAAAUGCGAAUCCAGUUCUUCCAGAAGAAGUGAAUUUAGUUCCCCAAGUGUUGAAUCCCCUGCAAUAGCUAAAAAUGGAAUCGAUCCUGAAGGGACUGAAAAAUCAACGCCUGCUAAGAAGCCCAGACUUAUUCAAGAUGUUAUUGGUCCUAAAAAGGUGUUUAAAGUUGUUAGUGCUAUGAAGUUGGCUAAAGCAUCUAAUGCUAAGAAAAUAGCUAAAAUGAGAAAGUCUAACAGGUCUAAAUUGCAGACAAGUAGGUUAUCAAAGAUCCAGACCAGCUGUGAGGUGAAAAAAUGUAAAGCUAAAGUAUGGAUGCCUCCUGUAAUGACAGAAAGUGAAAUGCCCCCAGCAGGGAAAAAGAAGUCAUCUCUGUCGCCUGAUCCUUCUUCCCAAAUCAAAUUUGUUAAAUCACCCAUUGUAUCACCUUUACAGCCUUUGGCAGUCAUUGGUAGGUUUCUGUUACGGAACCAGUGUGGGGAAUGUGGUCGAAUUCUGAGCAGCAGCGCUGCAUUGGAGAGCCAUGUCAGUCUUCAUACAGGAGACCGGCCCUUCUCAUGCACAUUCUGUGGGAAGCGUUUCCCUGACGAAAAGUGCUUUAAACGGCACAGCCGGGUGCACCGCAAUGGUCCAAUACAUAUCUGCCAGCAAUGCGGGAAGGGUUUUGUCUACCGCUUUGGCCUUACUAAACACAUCCAAAUGGUGCACAGCAAGAUAAAACCUUUUAUUUGCCAGUUCUGCAAAAAAGGAUUCUUCACAAAACAGGAUUUAGAAGCACAUAUUCGAAUCCACACGGGAGAGAAACCAUUCCAAUGCACCCUCUGUGAAAGAAGGUUCACAAGGAAAGUAGAACUAAAUGUGCAUUUGCGAUGGCAUAAUGGAGAGAAAAGACACUGGUGUUCAUACUGCGGGAAGGGAUUUUUAGAUUACAAUAACCUAAAAAGGCACACAUAUACUCAUACAGGGGAGAAACCACAUUCCUGUGAAGUCUGCCAAAAAAAAUUCACACAAAAAGCCCACCUGAAAAAGCAUCUUCAAAAUGUGCAUCACAUUCAGUGAGAGAUGGAUAUUUAAGAAACCACUCUGUUCACCUGGGAACAUUGGUGUGUUUUAUAAUAGUAAAUUAAGUUCUUGUAAUAUAUAUAUAAAUGCAUGCUGUGCUGAGUUUCCUUUUCUUUUAUGCAAUAUAUAUAUUCAACACAUGCAAAUGGAGAAUUGUAAUUGGCUUAUUUUGCCUUUCUGAGAGGAUUAUUUUAUGUUAUUUCAAAGGCUUAAAGCAAUGGUUUGUGAAAUCUCAUUUGUUUGCAGAGGGCUGUGUUGGAAAUCUUACUGUCAUGUUGAUACAUCUAACAUGAAGCUGUAUUUGAUAAGCCAUUAGAAUAAUGACUGAAAGCAACUUAUCUAAAGCUGACGGAUUAAAAUGCAGGCCACUUGGUAAAAUUGGAAUUAAAAUCCAUGUGAUAUAGACAGGGUAGACUAAUCUCUUUAAAAUUAAAAAUUUUACUUCAGAAACAUGAAACAUAAUGAUUAGUGACAUAGGUGUAUCGCCCUUGCAACACUUAAAAUACAUUUAUUUUUUCUUCCCAAAAUGUGAACCUUUGUUUUAAAAAGUUUUGUAUGGCACUGUGUGCGCUUUGCAAAGUAGAAUAUAGUGUAGAGAUGGAUGGUGAGUUAUGAGAAAAAUAAUUGCUUAAACUGGAUUUGGUUUGUAAGAAUAUGCAAGUACCUUUUUAUCAUACUUCUUGAUUCAACGGGUGAUGUCACAAGAUCUGUGAGAUCAUAACUCCAGUUUAAAAAGCACCUGCCUAUUGUUAAUAGAAGUAUUUGACUCCCUUUCCACUGUUUUCACAAUUUUAACUGUGGAAAGCACGUCUUGUGACCGUGUUGAAUUUUGGAAUAAACACCAAGAGAAAAAUGUUUUAAUUGAAAUUUGAAAGUAUCACAAAUGUAAUUUGUUGAUUCAAUUUACAUUUAUAUUGCAAAUGAUGUCAGUACAUGACAUUUCAUUGCUAUCUAAAUCGCAGUGGAGGCUUAUAAUAUUUCUUGCACAGUAACUAACCACCUCAUUCAAGGAGGUGAGUGAAUUUUCUUGUCUGACUAAAGAGGAAAUUGUUCUUAUACUUUUGUUCUGUUUAAGAUUGUGCUGUAAUGCAAAAAGAGGGCUUUGCUUUGUUGUAUUAUUUGUUGUUCUUCUCAGAAGCUAGCUUUCCAAAAAAUAUUUAAAAUGACUUUGACCCAUUCUUUUGUAGCCCUAAACCUCUUUGUACAUACUGUGAAUUUACACUGAUUUGAUUUUUACCGAAAUGUAUAUUUUGUUGGUCCUGGCAUUUGAGAAAAGGAAAAAAUUGUGAAUAAACAUUUUUGUAUUUAA